CAAUAUGUACGUAGUUUACUGAUUUGCAAUACAGCGCACAUACUUUACAACCAAAUAUUUCAUAAAAAUACCAUCUCAAAAUUCCCCUAGAUCUGCAUCAUCUUCCCAUUACAAAAAGAAUUUAAUUGAAUUGAUGUGAUUGUUUUCGCUUUCUGUCUUACAUUUAAAGUGAAACGACACCGUAUAGAUGGACGAAGAUGAGGCUGUUUUGGUAAAAUCAAGUUGAAUUAACUUUUGCUGGCAGUUGAAGAAAGGUUGGCCGGCCCGAGAUUUCAAAUUCCUGUAAGAGUCUGACUGCUGAGCUUAAUCUUUAAGAAGGAAGAAGAAGAAGAAGAAGGAAUACGGCGACGUUUUGGAUCGAGUGGGGGCGAAGAGGAGCUUAACAUAAUGGUGAAGGGACUUCAACAACAAGGGCAAAACCUGCCACUGGAUUUGACCCAAGUCAUUGAUCAGCUGGAGCGCCACUGCUUGGCACCCGAUGGUUCUCUCGUCUCCAAAUUGUUGGCGACCUACUUCAACCUCCAACUCGCAAGGGAGGAAAUGUCCAGAGAAAGAUUGCGUUACUUGGAAGCCAUGGCAAUUUAUGGCGAGGCAAUUGCAAUGGUGGAAGAGUAUCAACAAGCAGUUUCGGUGGCUAAUCUUGGAGGAAUUCGAGAUGUUCAGGGUUUAUAUCUGCAAUCGGACUUGAAGAAUCCUCCUCAGUUGUACGAGACAUUGGAGCAUCGCAUGAUUGUUGCGGAAGCAGCUCAAAGAUUGAGGCUUCCUCUUAUCUCCAAAGAUGGUGAAAUUCAUGAGGAAGAAAUUGAAAAAUGCAGUACGAUGUCACGCAGUUCCCUUGACAGUACCAGUACCAGCGUUACAAUCAGCUCAAGUUCCAACUCAACCAAUUUUAAUACUGCUACUAGCACCAGUAGUGCAGCAAACAACAAUCUUUCUCUUAGUGCUACUGAUGCUGUGGAAUCUGGAGUUGGUGAUGUUCCGAAUCGCUUUCUUGGAAUUACACCUGCAUAUUUAUGGCAAACACAGCUCCAGCAAACACCAUUGUCAAUGGACAUGACAGAAUAUCAGUUGUGUCUUUCUCGGGAGAUUGAAGUCCGUUUGGUAGCUAAAUGUGAUAAAUUAGCUGAUGCCUUUAUAAUGGAUGACAAUGACUCGUCAUCUGGGCAUCAGAAUUCAAGUUCUUGCCUUCCAGAAAGGGUGAAGUUGAUAAUUGAGGAGAUGGAAAGGGAGGAAGCAGCUCUGCGGGAAGAUCUAUAUUCUGCGGAUAGAAAAUUUGCUGAAUAUUAUAAUGUCCUAGAGCAGAUACUGGGAGUGCUCAUCAAACUGGUCAGAGAUUUGAAGUUGCAACAUCAACAUAAAUAUGACGGACUGCAAAAAACAUGGCUUUGCAAGAGGUGUGAGACAAUGAGUGCAAAAUUGAGGGUUCUGGAGCAUGUUCUCCUUCUUGAAACUUAUACUAAGGAGUCAAUACCGGCCCUACAUAAAAUAAGGAAGUAUCUCCUUGAAGCUACAGAUGAAGCUUCAAUCGCAUAUAAUAAAGCGGUUACACGUCUUAGAGAAUAUCAGGGUGUUGAUCCUCACUUUGAUUCAAUUGCAAGGCAGUACCAUGAUAUUAUAAAGAAAUUGGAAAAUAUGCAAUGGACAAUUGACCAAAUUGAAAUGGACCUGACACACCCAGAUCACGUAAAUGCAUAGAACCUGCUGUAUCUUGUUUGGUCUUGUUUUCUGAGUCCAAGCCUCCAAUUGCUUCAUCAC